AGUUGGUGCUUAUCAAAACAAAUUUUGUAUUCUAUUCGAGUAUUUACAUAAAUUAACUCACACCUGUAAGCUGCCAUAAUUGUCAAUUCCGAUAUCCAUCGUUAUUACAAAUUUAUAUUUUAGACUUGCAAAAAUAUAUUAGCAAAAAAUGGAAAGAAUACCAGAGCAAAUGGGCUACUUGAUUUUAACUAUGGAUGGAGCUGUUAUAUCAUCAGGCGGAGACUUGGAAAAUAAUGAACAAGUAGCCGAUAUUAUAGCAAAAUCGAUUGGCAUGAGUAAAAGCUUGAACUCUUCAGAUGAUCAAUAUCAAAAUAUGUCAAUAUUGUAUCAAAAUUAUCAUUAUUCCAUUUGUGUGUCAAAUAAAAAGAUCCAUGUAGUCAAAAUCAGACACGUACCACAAGCAAAAGAAAACGAUGAAAUCAGAGUAAUUGCUGAAAUUGCUUAGUUUAAAAUACAUUUGCGAUAAUUUGAUAAGAACUUCAGUUUAUAUAAGUUUAUUAAUUAAUACACAUUAUUAUAAUUUUAAGUUAAGUAUAAUAAAUAAGAAUAAUAUAUUUUUUUUAUAAAAUGUAAUUAUAAUACUUUUAAAUUAGUGAUAUACUAACUUCUAAACUCGCUUUGAUUAAUUAGCUGUAACUUCUGAAUUGGUAAAUUCCCAACAUUGUUGCAACUAGAAUGCCCCCCCCCCCAUUCUAGUGGGAGUGGCUUGAAGUUCAAAUUUUUUAAAGCUUCUUCAGGCUCUUAAGAAACGUAAACAUCUAAUCAGGCAUAGCUCCGAAAUACAGUUUUUAAUUUUUAUCAAA